AUGUCUGAAACAGCGGACCAAGAAGGCACACAGUCAGACACUCAGACAGUCAAACUCUUCAAGACCAACUCACGCUACACCCAACCCCAAGCAGGCUGCGGCCAUGUGCAGACCAUCGUCACCGGUGCUAAGGAGUCCGUGGUGAUGAAGAAGCCGGCGAAGAGCAGUUGCGGCACGAAGACCGCGGGCGCAGCCUGCUGCGCCACCUCCACAGCCCAAGGCCACCACGGCUAUCGACGUUUUCCACUCACGGCCUCGGGGUUGGCGGCCAGGCAUCCAACCAGAACAGCUGUGGAUGCCGCGGCCACGCCAGCGUUCGCCAUGGAGGUUCCUUCUGCAGAUGGGUCAGCGCCUGCAGGUGCUAUGGGUGCACCUGUAGGUGGCAUGCCUAUGAGCAUGGGGAAUCCAGCCUUCACUCACCAAGAUCGGGGUUCGCCCAGAACUCCAGCUCCGCGUUUGCCUGGCUUCACAGCAGCCGGAAGGUUACGACAACCAAGUCCGACUAGUGAACUUAGCGGUGUUGAAUUGCUCUUGUUGCAGCAAAACCAGUUGCUCAUGAGCCAAUUGAAGGAGUUGCAAGCGCAAGUGCAGACUUCGCAGUCGCGUGAAGACAAGGUGGCUGCCAGUGAGGCUUUGAAGUCUAAGUUGUUCCAGCAACCUCAAGACUUGCUGGAUGGAGUGGAUCCUGCCUUACGCAAGAUCUUCGAUGAUUUCACAAAGGAAGUGAGGCAGCUUCUCAGCGCUUGGGAGACGCAAACCAAAUUGCUUGAGAAGUACAAAAAGCUUGUUGAAGAGGGCCAACUCCACUCGCACUUCAAAGCUGAAGCAGAGUUCCGAUGGCAGUUCACGAAAAUCUACCUUGCCCAAGCCAUGCCGACAGCAGGUGAUGACAUGAGUGACGCACCCUUUUCUGUGGUUGAUGCUUGGGCUGCAAUGCGCGAACGACAUGCCAAAGAAUGUUUCGAGUUUAUUGUGCAGCAUCAGGAGAAGUGCGUCAAUCUCUAUGAUGGCCUGAUUGAAUGCACCGCUCUGAAGCAGUCACUUCUUGACAAGUUGGAUGCAUGGUUCGCUCAGCACAGCUUUGCAGAUGCAGACAUUUGUGGUGCGUUAAAGCUUCGCGCAGAGCAGUACGUAGAAAGCUUGCUGCGAGCAGAAAGGCCGAAAGUUCAGUCUCGAAUGGUCAAGGAUAGAGAGCUGCAACAAAAGCGUGAGCAAGCCUUAUUGGAAGCCAGAAGCAAAUGGGAAGAAAUGGACGUGAAGGAUGUUUUGUCUCCAGCUCUGUUUGAGCUCAAGCAGCUGGACGCAAAGCAUAAGAGGCCUACAAAGAUCAAGGAUGACAGCGCGUUAGCAUUUCUUGUCAAGGACAACGCCGAGCUUUGCCAGAAACACAAGCUAAAGAUUGUCGAUCCUAAAGAACAGCCGUUCCCCUUCUCGGACUCCAAGAUCGCCAAGGGCCGAUCCUUUUGGCUUGACGAAGACAGAUGCAGCAUUGACUUCUACAGGUUCUGUGUCGCCCAGUCUUUGCGCACAGGAUUUUAUGCUUUGCUGCACAGGCAAGUCUACAAAGGAGUUCACAACCUGGUCCCUGCUGAUGUGAUUACCGUUCCCAAAUACGUUCUUUUGCAUGUUGCCAAAGGUGGCAAGUUCAUUCCCACUAGCAAGCCAACUUCCGUGCCAAGAGUCAUUGAUGGUUUGGGUCAGUUGCGGAGGCAGCUGCUUUUGCGGAAGCAUUUUGCAGCUCACCCUGAUGCAGCUGUAAUGUCCAAGUGUCGUUUGAGAAGUGCAUGGCAACCGCCAAGUGAUCCUCAUAUCGACGCCUAUGUCAGACUGGCCUUGCGGGAACUGGCUGAGUUUGAGCCCAAGCCUUUCAAGUCAAAUCAGUCUUGGUUGGAUCGGAAAGCACAGAGUUGGCUGCGAAGUCACGCAGAAUUCGUUUGUAUUGUUGACUGUGACAAAGGUCUUGGAGAUGCCUUGGUUUUGAGAUCCUGGGUUGUUGAGCAAGUCCACUUGCAGCUUGCCCAGGGUUAUACACAGGUCACGCCGGCAGUUGCACGUCGUCAAAUGGCAGAACUCAAGCAAUUUGCCGACGCCAUGCUACAUCAUUUUGCUGCCUCAGGGCUGCUUUCGAGAGCUGAGAUUCUUUUCUUUCUCAGCAGUUUUGGUCAAACAGCUGCCGGUACGUUUCGCAUACUAGUCAAGGUGCACAAGUGCCCGACUGGUUCAAGGCCUAUUUGCAACCUUCGUCACUGUUGGUUCCAACCUUUUUCAGUUUUUCUGGUUGAGAAGCUGGGCCCGCUUGUGUCCAGUUUGAGUUCAGUGAUUGUAUCAACAGACCAACUUUUGCAGCAGCUUGAUCAUGUCACUUGUCUUCCGACUAUGUGCCUGGUUACGCUUGACGUGGUAAACCUUUAUCCGUCGGUAUGCCGCCGCCACAUGAUGUCUUUGGUUGCUCCAUUCGUGAGGCAGAGGAUGUCGAAUCAGAGCCUCUGUGAGUUCAUCAUUCGGGCUCUUGAGCUCGUGCUCGAAGCUUGUGUUGUCUCUUUUGAUGGCUGCUGGUACCAAUCGCGUGAUGGGAUACCCACGGGUUUAUCGGUUGCGAGCAUUCUUGCGAACAUCUACCUCUGGCACUUUGACAAUUUCUUGCUGCAGCAAGGUGGAGAGCAGUUGCAACUGAUCAGGCGUUUCAUUGACGAUUUGUUACUGCUUUGGUCUGGAGAUGUAAGCUUGUUGACUUCACUGGCGAACUCUUGGCAUGAGUCUUUGAGGUUUGACUUAUCUGCCCACGGUGAUGUUCAUUUCCUGGAUGUUGCCCUUACCAUUUUGCCGAACAGAAGGAUCCACUGGAGUCUUUUUCACAAGCCACAGAACCUUUAUCUUUAUGUGCCUGCUCACAGCAAUCAUCCCGCAAGCGCUCUCAAGAGCUUGCAGAUUGGAGGGGCAUUGAGAUGUCAGAAGCGAAAUCGUCUCUGUGCAGAUGCUUUGGCCAGCUUGAAGCUUUUCAAACGCCGUUUGAAAGACAGAGGUUUCGAUCUGAAACGCUUUGAUGUCAUCAUUGCCAAGUACCAGCGAUGUCCGAAGAAGCAUGCCCCUAGUGUGAGGCGUGGUUGA